GCCGAGAAUGCGAAGUGAAGUGGAAAUAUUUUCCGCGCAGUUCGUAUUUUUUCUUGUUUACAUAGAAAUGUGUAUCUUAUGAGAUAUUGUAUACUUGUAGAAGGAAGAAAUUAUUGAAAUGGAUAGAUGUCAUCAACUUGUGGAGAUAAUGUAACCGAAGAAGGUGCCUUUGGUAUUGAGAAUAUACUAGCUGAUUUCUUUUUGAAGAAAUUUAACAUGCCAAGCAGUCAAAGUGAUAAGUCUGAUAGUAAUCGUUAUGAAAGAAGAAGUAAACCAAAACGUAAGAAACACAAGAAGAAAUCUAAGCACAAGCAUAAAAGUAAAGAUCACAGUAUAGAGAGAGAAACCAGUAUCUAUGGAAAGAAAGAAAUUCUGGAUAAUUCAAGCUCUGAAGAAAAGGAGAUUAAAAGAUUAAAAAAAAUUAAACAACUUGAAGGUAGAAGUAAUAAGUUGUGGGUUCCACCUACUACCACAGAUAUAGCUUCAUCAAGUGCUGUGCAAGAUAUUCCAAAUUCUAAGAAUUGUAUUGAUUUUAAUGAUGACCCAAUAGGUAUUCCAUAUGGGCCAUCAAUUGAAUUAUUGCUUACAGGUGUAGAUAGCGCACAUCAAGAAAAUCCUAAGCCUGUUAUGGGACUAGAUUUUGUUUCUGUUCCUGUAGAAACUGUUGAUUCAGCUAUUGAAACCAACAGCAGUAAAGCUGAGAUUUCAAAUGACACUUCAAAUGUAGUUAUUUGUGAUGAAAUAGUUGAAAAAUCUGCUGAUCCUCGUGCUUCAUUGAUGCCUAUUGCUGAAUGUGAUAAAAAUUCCAUGACCCCUGUCAAAGACGAGGUGUUGUGUAGUAAAGAACAAUCAAGUCAAAAUUUGUGCAAAACUGAUUUGCAACAACAUUGCGACCAAAAUGUUUCUCGCAAAAAGCAUUCAAGCCAUAAAUCAAAGUCUCAAAGUAAACACAAAUCUUCUACAAAAGAUCGCUUGAGAUCUAGAUCCCGGUCAAAGACACAUGAAAAUUCUAAAUAUGAAUCUUCAUCAUCUAGAAAUAGGAAAAAUGUGUCAGAAUCUCAUGUUGGAAAGUCCGAUCAUUCAAAAUCACACUCCCGAAAAUCAAAAUCGAGUAGCAGGGAGAGAAAACGGAAUAAAACUUAUUCUAGAGAGCGCUCAAGAUCCAACAGUUGCAACAGAUCAAAAAGUAGAAGAUAUUCUCGAUCUAGGUCAAAGGAAUCCCAGAAGAAAAGAAAACAUUCCGAAUCUCGAAUUUCUCAUAAAAGUCAGAGAUUGCAUUCUAGAUCAUCAGAAGAUGAAUAUUUAUCUAAAUCAGAUUUAUCUAGAUCAAGAGAGAAGAAGUAUCAACACAGAUCUCGUGCUCAUAGACACAGAUCUAGAUCUGGAUCAGAAUCCUCAUGUGAAAAACGAAAGUCUUCUAGAAAGUCUCAAGAAAGAUUUAAUCGAACUUCUGAUUCAAGGAGGAAAUCGAGAGAAAACAAUUCAAGCCCUGAGCAUAAAAAGAUUGAUCAAGCUAAAAUCUUAGAAGUUGCGAAAAAGAAGUUGCAAAGCAUGAUUGAGAAAGGUACUUUACCCGAAGGCUUGUCCUUGCAGACUAUCAAGAAGGAAGAACUGGCAUCUAUUAAAGCUGGAGGCAAAUCUGUGCAAGAACUUACAGAUUUUUGUGUGAAAUUAUCCAAAAAAGAAAAUGAAGAAGAUGUUGCUAAUGGAGCUGGGACAAAAGAGGAAGAAGGUGGUGAUGAAGAUGAAGAUGAUUUUAUCCAUCAUCCUUUCAGGCUUAAAGAACCAUCUGUUUUAAAGUUGAAUAUUAAGAAUGCUGUUCAGAUACCUAUCAAAACUCAUGCUGAGAAAGUUGCAGAAACUGCAAGACUUAGUUCACAAUUUCCUGUAUCUAGUGGAAAUCAGCACAAACAGAAAGAAUUGGAAUGGAUACCUGUAGAACCUGAAAAAUCCAAACCAAAUCCAAAACCUAAUAGUUCACAAGUAACUACAACUCUAAAUGUAAAAGAACCAAAUGUCCAAGCAUCAAAUCCUGCUGUAUGUGAGCCUACCGUUUCAGAACCUGUUCCUCCAAAUGUAGAUUUACCUCUCAUACCAAUGCCAGCAGAAACUUCUGCUACUGUGAUUUCAUUUUCAACACCAACUCCAGUGUAUCAAACAGCUAUAUCACCAGUAUCCCUAACAUCAAGCAGCAGCAACUAUUCAGCACAAUCUGAAUCACCUGUGUUUAAACCACCAAAGUUUCUAGAUGUUACAUCAAUAGUGACUAAGAGAUUUAAUGCCGUGACCAAGUUGAAAGCAAAUCCUAAUGACCAAGCUGCUUUAAUUGAGCUUCAAGAAGCUCAGACAAGCAUCCAGGAAUGGGUGCAGUCGCAACAAGUACCUGGUCAAUUUACAGGUAGUACUGAUGCCAAGCUUCUUUCAGUUGAAGAACUUUGUGGCCCCAAAAGUUUUAGAUUAAAAAAAGACAUAUUUACUCAAGCUGCCCCAGUUACUGAAGGAAAAGGAAUGAGUUUGCUUAAGAAAAUGGGCUGGAAUCCAGGCGAAGGCCUUGGAAAAAAUAAAGAAGGUUCAUUGGAACCUCUAGUCCUCAGUAUCAAAACAGAUAAAAAAG